CUUGCAGGGCCUGCCUUGCCCCGGAAGCAGUUGGCGGAGCGGAGCCUGAACUUCCCUCCGUGUGUCGGAGGAACGGCCGUCAGUGAAAUUCAAAUGUAAGGAAGAGAAAAGCAGGCGGACAGCGGAGGGCAGGGAAAGGCAAGGCUGAGAGUACACAGCGAGGAGCAGCAUAAUGUUCUCCAAGCGGAAGGCGGUAUUGCCCACCCUCACCAUCACAACCACGGUGGGGGAAGGACCGUCCCCCACUAGAGGGGACACGGCUGAAGCUAACCUAGUAACCUUACCAAAGAAGUUGGAGGAACUUGAGCUUGAUGAGCAGCAGAAAAAUAGACUUGAAGCCUUUCUUACACAGAAGGCCAAAGUUGGUGAACUGAAAGAUGAUGACUUUGAUAAGAUAAGUGAGCUGGGUGCUGGUAAUGGAGGUGUUGUCACUAAAGUACGUCACAAGCCUUCAGGUCUUAUUAUGGCAAGAAAGCUGAUUCAUUUAGAAAUAAAGCCUGCCAUUCGCAAUCAGAUCAUCAGAGAGCUCCAGGUGCUACACGAAUGUAACUCUCCAUAUAUUGUGGGCUUCUAUGGAGCAUUUUACAGUGAUGGUGAAAUCAGUAUAUGCAUGGAGCACAUGGAUGGGGGUUCUCUGGACCAGGUGCUGAAGGAAGCUGGGAGGAUUCCAGAGGAAAUUCUGGGAAAAGUCAGCAUAGCAGUUCUAAGAGGGUUGACAUAUUUAAGAGAGAAGCAUCAAAUAAUGCACAGAGAUGUGAAACCAUCCAACAUUUUGGUUAAUUCUCGCGGUGAGAUAAAGCUCUGUGAUUUCGGAGUAAGCGGUCAGCUCAUUGACUCGAUGGCAAAUUCCUUUGUGGGAACGCGUUCUUACAUGUCUCCAGAGAGACUCCAAGGCACCCAUUACUCUGUGCAGUCUGAUAUCUGGAGUAUGGGCCUUUCCUUGGUCGAGAUGGCAAUUGGAAGAUAUCCAAUACCCCCUCCUGAUAUGAGGGAACUAGAGGCUAUCUUUCAGUGUCAAGUAGUGGAUGGAGCAGGAGGGGAAUCACAUAGCACAUCACCCAGAUCAAGAGCUCCAGGACGUCCCAUCGGUGGGCUUGGGAUGGACAGCCGACCAGCCAUGGCCAUUUUUGAACUUCUGGAUUAUAUUGUUAACGAGCCACCUCCUAAACUCCCCAUUGGUGUAUUUUCACAAGACUUUCAAGAGUUUGUAAAUAAAUGUUUAUUCAAGAAUCCAGCUGAACGAGCAGACUUGAAACUACUCAUGAGCCACACGUUUAUUAAACAAUCUGAAGUAGAGGAGGUGGAUUUUGCCGGCUGGUUGUGUAAAACCAUGGGGCUGAACCAGCCCAGCACCCCAACACGCAUCCCUGUGUGAGUGACAACGGAGCGCCUGCCUCCCCACCCUCCCCCACUCCCCCAGUGUUCCCAUUCACCUCUGCUGAUGUCAACCACUACUGUCGUGCCUGUGGCGUAAAACAGAGAAGAAUUCUCCCUGCAUUCUUAAACUGUGUGAGGAGGCUUUCAUUCAGGCCGCAUUGGCAGUUUUUUCAAAAGAGCCACUGUCUUUCUUUAGCUGGUUAAUUCUUAGUGGCGCUUGGUCAUGGAUAUUAAUACUAAAGGUAACAGUGAUGUGGUUGAUAGAAGUCUGUUAUUCAAGAGACAGAAUAUUUUUUUUUAUCAGUGAGUUUCAGUAGUUGUCAAGUUACAGCAGCUAAUUUCAAAAUCCUACAUAACAUCACCUGUGAAUAAUUUUCAUCUAUUAGAGUCAAGAUUUCCAUUAGCCAUACUUGAUGUGAUUUUUUUUAAACCACAGUGCCAUAUGAAAUUCUGUUCUUAAAGAAAAGCAGAUUGAAGAGCAGCACAUUCAGAAUUUAUUCAGGGUACAGAUCUUAAGUAACAACUAAGAUGAGGUAGGAAAAAUAUAAAAAGCGUAAUUGUGAGUGUUCUUGUAUUUAAUGUCCCAGGGAUUCUGAAUUAAACUUUAAAACUGAAAGGUAUCUUAAAAUCUUAAGUUUUCAAUAUUGGUAACUUUUUUUCUAGCUGAGUGUUUAUAACAUUCAUCCAGUGAUUGUGCAAGCAAGUGAUUUAGCAACCUAUUUUAUUUUUCUUCCAAAGUAGAUGAGGGUAGUGGAAUUCAGUCUUCACAGGUAUGCUCUUUCUGUACAUAUAACCAAUACUAGAAAUCUGUUCAUGGAGAAAUUGAUAUCUAAGUGCAUAAUUGGUCACAGGUACAUAAUGUAGUAAUAAUGUGUAUAGAUGUUACUUUAACUGUUUUGAUUUGUAAAGUGUUAUCAGAAUUCCUUACAGUUUGGGGUCUAGAAGAAGAUCAAGGGCCUCUACAUGGUGGUUCACUGGAAUUAAUAUUCGUAGUUUGAGAGCCAACAUUGAGCAAUAAUGUAAUGAACAUUUAAAUUUAUUUUUUGUUACAGGUUCUUGUAGAUUACAGAUGUUUACUGGUAGGUGACUGGUGACUGAUCAGUUCUCAAAAUCACAGGUGAUUCACACUAAUGGGAAAGACUGGAUGGAAGGGAGAGUUCUUUUAUUAAUUUAAUUAGAAGUGUACUUUUAAAAAAAAAAUCCAUCCUUCUGUAUAUCUCGACUUAGAGAUGUUACAUACAGACAUCCUAUUUUAUUGUUAAAUCAUUUAGAAUCUUUGAUAAAUUCUUUCAAAAUGCCAGUAAGCACUGCAAGAAAAUUAGAUCUUGCACUAGGAACUAGAAGUUUGUGAUCAACUCAGACUGAGAUGUGCUCGGUUUUUGAUCAGAAUUUUGCUCAUUUUCAACAAAGAAGAUUCGCCCAUUAGAUGGUACAAGAUGUUAUGAAGCAUUUGAUUCUGAGCUAGAGUGAAGUGGUAGGUUAGUUGAAAAAUAUUCCUAAAGGUAGUAAAAUGUGGGAAUGCUAUUGACACAGCUUAAUAUCUCCUCUAUCUUCAAACUGACACUGUUGUUCAGACCAUUGAUCUACAUUAGGAUGAUAUUUCAGGUAGGAAUGGAGCUUUAAUUAAUCACCUAAAGAAAGACAGUUUUAUUUUUCAAUUUAGCUUUGCCUCCUUGAGUUAUAAAUCGUAAUGUCUUAGUUCAUAUUGUU